UGCUCUCCGUCUCUGACCUCCACGUUACGGCUGCAGUUUAGCGAGAGGGAUCUAGGUGCACGCCGAGUUGCAGAAGCUGUUUUGCAUCUGGUGUUUGCACUUCAUGGCAUGCAUGAUACCCUGGCCUGCAUGUGCAUGUUUACAUAAUAGAGGCUGGUGAUAUUGUCUGUGCACAGGGGUGUGCAAUCAGGGACAAAGCCGGUACACUGGAUUAUUAACCCCUGUGCUGCUGGACUGUAUUUGGUAGUGGUGGGGACAAACUCCUACUUCUGCAGUGGUUUUGUAGCAUUUCAUACCCUGACCUGUGUUCACAUGGUGUGAUUGGGGGGAGGGCUCCAGACCCUUUUAAUUUAAUCUAUCCUGUAUAUCGUGUUCUCACUCCCCACUCCUCCUCACCAUUCACUCCACGGCCGGGGAGGGACUGAGUCUCUGUGUGCUGCACACCGGCAGAGCCAGAUCUAUGCCUGCUGCUAAGCCUAGGCCUCUGCCCGCUGCUGCCUGUGGCUGCCAUUUUGGUCAGAGGACAUGAUUCAGUUUGUUAAUGCCUGCAAAGGAUGGAUGAAACCUGUGAUCUAGGCAGGCUCAGCAGUGCUCCAAGCUAUUUAAAUUCAUUGGAUCCAAAUGCCCAGUAUAAAAAGUGUGUGGGUGAUAGAAGCAUCUUGGAGCCACUUAAUGGGUGCAGUGUUGCAUUGACUUCAUCAUUGCAGAGUAACGCACCAGGUUAUGGGCAGGAUUCCACUUCCCAUUACAUUCCUCUACGAAGGCUCCAAGAUAUUGCCUCCAUGAUGAAUAUUGAUGGCCUGAACGGAUCACAUGAUAUGGAAAGACACGUGUCAGAACCAAGUUCUCAACCUUACUUUUAUACUCAAAAUGAACCAACAGUACAUCAUACUGGGCCUGAGUCAGCACAUCGUUAUUCAGCAGAUGUCCCUAUAAAGCUAUCAAAACCUUUAAAGAAUGGAAUGCAUCGCUACGAUCCAUUUUGUCAGAUGGAGUCAGAAUAUGGAAUGCAACAUCUUAAUUAUGAUGUAGAUGGAUCUGGGUUUGGCAUGGAUUUGCCCGUGUAUGGACAAUUGCCCUCUGUGGUGCAAAGUAUUCGUGAAACUGCAUCUAAAAUAAACGCCCCUCCAGACUUGGGUUCAGAAUUGGAGGAUUUGGUUCCAUUAGAUUGGGUUGAUGAUAGAGAGAAUCCAAUGGAAAGCAAGAAUCUAGAAAGAAAAACAUCUUUUUUGGCAAUGAUGCAAUAUCCUGAAAUUCCAAAUGGGGAACACAAUAGUACAAUUUCGGACAACCUUUUGGAUGGGGAUGUGGAUCAUGCUACUCCUUCACAGGUGGAUGGUAGAUUAAGUGGGCAAGGAUCGCUUGCUAUGAUGUUCACAGAUGAUGAAUCAAUGACUAUGGAUGAAGAUCUAGAAGACUUUGAAGGAAAUCAUGAACUCACUCCGAGGUCUUCAGAAUUACAAGAUCAACAACCAAGAAGAAAGAAACCUGCUCCUGUAAUACAUGAAGAAGGAGAUGUUGUGUGGGCAAAGUUCAGUCGGCGCCCUUGGUGGCCAUGUAGGAUCUGUGCCAACCCACAGCAUGACGGAAAAGGUAAUGGAGAAGUGGCCACUAAGAAGCCACCUCGGCAGUAUUACGUGGAGACUUUGGGAGAUCUCACUGAAAAGGUUUGGGUGACUGCAAAGGCCGUUGUUCCAUUCAAAGGGGUUUAUCAGUUUGAAAGAUUGCCAGAUCCACGGCAGCCUCAAAAGAUAGGGGAAGGUUCCAGCAAACGUAAGAUUCCAUCAAAACUCCUAUCGCUAUGGCAGUCCAGCAUUGCUCAUGCCCAAGACUGCCUUACCAAGACAGACUAUGGUGAUUUUAUGGAACUUGAACGACACAGAGAUGAACAAGUAGGAUAUUGUGGCAAGGCGUUCAAUGGCAUCGUGAACAAUGUAUUGAAUGGUCGUGUAAAGCAGUCUCUGCACAGCUCUGUCCUACUACAGCCUUGCACUAAAACAGACUCUUGGAAGAAAAAGCAAGGCAUAAGCCGUAAGUCUAUAAAUAAGGAUGCUGCCAAGGCCAAACAUUUAUGUGAAGACUCAGCUGUUGCAUCUAUAACACCAGCAUCACCUGAAAGCUGGGGCAGUGAAACUGCUGAUGAAAAGAGUACAGUGCCACCAUAUGAGACUGAGAGAGGUUAUGCCAGGCAUAAGGAUUGUUCCAAUGCAGUUUUUGAUGACUUGUCCAGCAUUUCCUCCGAGGAGGGUCAGAGUAGUGAUCAGGCUGUGGAGCCAGGUCAGAGUUCAGUUGGGACAAAAUCUCAAAGUGACUGUGACACAGAUGAAUCGGAAACAAGUUUCAUAAAAUCAGAUGUGUCUUUUAAAGCAGACAGUCUAAAAAAUGAGCCUGUGUCCCUUAGUCCGUGUCCAAAGCAAAGGGAAAGCACUGAAGAAGCCACAGGAAAAGGUAAAAACAUGAAGCAUGAAAGGAAUAUCUCAGUACCCAGCCCUGUAAAUUCUAAUGAGAAGCCUGCCAGAUCCAAAGAGUCCUUGGAUUGCAGCAACUACACAAGAUCAUCCAGUAAGAAUAUGUAUCCUCCGGACAGUCCAGGUGCGCAUAUUGGUGAGUGUCCUCUAAGCCAUAGAGACCCUUCAUCAGAUACCGCAAUUGAAUCUUCAGAAUCAGAUUCUUCUGGUAUUUCUCAAAAUACUUUGGAAGGCAAUGCUAACACUAAAGUUUAUGCUUCUACAGCUGAUCUAAACGUACCUCUAAAUGUUGUGGCAGGGAGAAUCUCGUCACAUAAUACCAAACAUGAAAAUUGCAGUAUGGACUCUAAAUCCUCUACUGUGUCUCCUACGCAUUCUCCCAGUAAGACCGAUCUUGGGCAAACUAUGUGCUCUGAGUCGUGUGAUGCUUCUUGCGAUUCCACAGAGAUGGAGACUGAGAACCAUGUCAUGUCUGGACUGAAAGAGCUAUCUAGCAGGUCAGAGAACGAAGACUGUUCUGAUAGUACUUCCUCUAAAUCAUCCACACCUUUAAUUUUCCCAACUGCUCCUGGUCAGAGCAGAAUACCCAUGGAACCAGAUUAUAAAUUCAGCAGCCUGUUAAUGAUGUUAAAAGAUAUGCACGAUACAAAAACAAAGGAAAAGCAAAUUAUGACUGGGCAAAAUACAUCUUUCUUAUCUGGCUCACAGGAAGUCCUACCUGAAAACAAGUCACAUGUGGUUUCUUUACCAACUAAUGACGUGAAGACAGAGUCUAAGGCUGAUGGUGGUGCCAUAUCUGAGGGUCUUUCAUUAACUCAGACCCCUGCUCUUCAAUCCAUUAUCUCAACAGGUAGUGUGACUGAUACCAUAAAAAAUGUUACUCCUAAAGCACCUCUCCCAGUUAAAAGAUUUACAAAGCCCUGUAUUCUGCAGAAGAGGCGAUCCAAGACAGUGGAAAACAACAUAAUUACAAGUAACAUUAUUAAUUCUACACCCAGAGAGCAUUUAUCUUCAGAUAGCAUGAGUAAAUCUCUGUUUGGAAGGACAUCUUGUUGGAUAGAGCAGGAGUCUUCUUCCCACAGUAAAUUGUCUUCUCAAAAAGAUACACUACCAAAGGAUAAUGUAGAAGCUUUAGCAAGUAAACCCUCUGCAGAGUCAGCAAUUGAUAGUCCCGAUGGAAGUAUAACACGACCUUACCAAAGCCGCACAAGUGACGUGAAUACCGGCCCCAAGGAAGACACCGCACUAGACUCUGAACUGAGCAGUGUGUGCCCAGCGUGGGAUGAGUCUGAUGACACUAAUUGUGUUGCACCAAAAAAGCGUUGGCAAAGGUUUAUCCAGACUAGUCAAGAGAGCCACAAAAAUAGCUUAUCUCCCAAGGCUUGGACCCUUCCAACAGCUGAUCUGGGUGACAGGAAUGAGAGAGCCUCAGAAGUGCCUGAGCAACAGGAUCAUGAGACAACAUGUGCAGUACCAGAACUUUCUGAUGCUGCAGCACAGUCUGACCCACUACGGCGAGGAGGAAAUUGGAGAAAGAAAUACCGCAAGAGAUCAAGAAAAAGAGUAAAUCAUUCUGCAGAUGAGCAUGGAACAUCCAGCAUGCCAAAGAAAAGGAACUGUAAGCAACCUGUUGGUUCUUCACAGCAGCCUGUAUCCACCGAAGUGAAAGCUAAGUUGGGCCCCUCUGCUAUUAUAUCUGGGAGUGAACCUGCGGAUGAUCUCACAGUGACUUCACUCUCUGUAAGCGACGCAGAUGUUUGCUCCGAUGUUGACAAGAAAUCCUCAGGGCCAGCUGCCAUGGACAUCUCCAAGAAUGUAGAGAGCACGACUGCCCCCCUGCAUUCAAAUUCCUCCGAAAAUCCGGAUUUCGACACUGGAUCUCCUGGGACAAAACCAGGGAGCAGUGGAAACAGACGAAAAAGUAAACUUAUACCAAGAGUGUGUGACUUUGAUGAUCUAGAUGCACAACUUGGCCUUGAAGAUGAAGAGGAGGAAGAAAAGUAUAGACCCCCACCUAAGCCUAUAACUUCAGUUCCUCUCAAGAAAACCUCCCACAAGCGCAUCCGAUACAGAGCAGCAUCUAGUAGGCUGCCCGAAAAUCGGAAGAGACGAAAACGGUUAAGACUUGCUGGUAAAUUUAAGAAAGAAACUCGCCUAAUUCCCUGUGAGGCUCCAAACUCUGAGGGAGAUCUUCAUGACAGUGGUGCAACCAGUCCGAGCGACACCGCUGAAGAAGGACUGGAAUAUGAUCAUGGAGGAUCAUACUCGAAGAAGAUGCAAGCGGAGAGAAGCGGAGGUGGAGCUGCCAUGAAAGAGAAUGUGUGCCAGGUGUGUGAGAAGCCAGGGGAGCUGCUAUUGUGUGAGGCCCAGUGCUGCGGAGCUUUUCAUCUGCAGUGCCUUGGUAUGAAUGGCAUGCCUCGGGGAAAGUUCAUCUGUAGCGAGUGUUCUGCAGGUGUUCAUACCUGCUUUGUAUGCAAGACCUCUGAUGAAGGAGUGAAACGCUGCUCGCUCUCUCUGUGUGGAAAGUAUUAUCAUGAAGACUGUGCUUUUAAUUAUCUCCCCACUUUACAGCUCAAUAAAGGUUUCCGCUGCUCUCUGCAUGUCUGCAGCACUUGUCAUGCCAACAACCCCAGCCAUCCAUCUGCAUCAAAAGGUCGCCUGAUGAGAUGUGUGCGAUGCCCAGUUGCCUAUCAUGCCACUGAUUUCUGUUUGGCAGCUGGGACGGUUACCCUUGCUUCUAAUAGCAUAAUUUGCCCCAACCACUUUACUCCUCGCAAAGGUUGUAAGAACCAUGAGCAUAUCAAUGUCAGCUGGUGUUUCGUGUGUUCUGAAGGUGGGAGUCUUCUUUGUUGUGAAUCCUGCCCAGCUGCUUUCCAUCGUGAGUGUCUUAACAUCGACAUGCCAGAGGGUAACUGGUUCUGCAAUGACUGUAAAGCUGGCAAGAAACCUCAUUACAAGGAAGUGGUAUGGGUGAAAGUUGGGAGAUACAGGUGGUGGCCUGCUGAGGUUUGUCACCCGAAGAGCAUUCCUUCGAACAUCCAAAAGAUGAAACAUGACAUUGGAGAGUUUCCAGUCUUGUUUUUCGGUUCCAAGGACUAUUUAUGGACUCAUCAGGCCAGGGUGUUUCCAUACAUGGAAGGAGAUGCCCUCAACAAAGAUAAAAUGAGCAAGGGUGUGGAUGCCACUUAUAAGAAAGGGCUCAUGGAAGCUGCAGAGAGGUUUGAAGAACUGAAAACACAGAAGGAAAUGAGGCUGCUGCAAGAGGAAAAGAAAAAUGACAAAAAGCCUCCAGCCUAUAAGCACAUUAAGGUGAAUAGGCCAAUUGGUAAAGUUCAGAUCUUAACAGCUGAUCUGUCUGAAAUUCCACGCUGCAACUGUAAGGCCUCAGAUGAGUCUCCCUGUGGUCAGGACUCCGAGUGCAUCAACCGCAUGCUGCUAUAUGAAUGCCAUCCUUCUGUGUGCCCAGCUGGCGAGCGCUGCCUGAAUCAAGCAUUCUCCAAACGUCAGUACCCAGAUGUAGAGAUCUUUCGAACGCUUAGCCGUGGCUGGGGGCUGCGCUGCAGGAGUGAUGUUAAGAAGGGGGAAUUUGUUAAUGAGUACGUGGGGGAAAUGAUUGAUGAAGAGGAGUGCCGAGCUCGCAUCCGCUAUGCACAGGAGCAUGAUAUCUCUAACUUCUACAUGCUGACUCUAGACAAGGAUCGUGUGAUUGAUGCUGGGCCAAAGGGAAACUUUGCACGCUUCAUGAACCACUGCUGCCAGCCAAACUGUGAGACUCAAAAAUGGACUGUGAACGGCGACACUCGCGUGGGACUUUUUGCCCUAUGUGACGUCCAAGCUGGAACAGAGCUAACUUUCAACUACAACCUGGAGUGUCUGGGCAAUGGGAAGACUGUGUGUAAAUGUGGUGCGCCAAACUGCAGUGGCUUCCUUGGAGUUAGACCUAAGAACCAGCCAUCGGUGUCCGAGGACAAGGCCAGGAGGAAGUAUGUAAAGCGUAAGAAAAGUGAAGUGGUGAAGGAGCAUGAAGAUGAAUGUUUCAGCUGUGGAGAUGGAGGACAGCUUGUUUCCUGCAAGAAACCAGGGUGCCCAAAAGUAUACCAUGCGGACUGCUUAAGUUUAACCCGUAGACCUGCUGGCAAGUGGGAGUGUCCCUGGCAUCAGUGUGAUGUCUGUAACAAGGAAGCAGCCUCCUUCUGUGAGAUGUGCCCCAGCUCCUUCUGCAAGCAGCACCGAGAAGGCAUGCUCUUCAUAUCCAAGCUAGACGGACGGUUAUCUUGCCCUGAACAUGACCCCUGUGGGCCUCAUCCUUUGGAGCCAGGAGAAAUUCGGGAAGUUGAAUCUUCCUCUAGCACAGAAAAUGAGACCUCUGUGCUACAUCAACCAAUAAAAGACCCUGUGUAUAGCGUAAAGGAGGAAACAUCACCAAGUAAUAAACAAAAUCCUACACCAACGAAAGUGCUGGCAACUGCUUCAGCGCCUAAUACCCCAGAAUCUGGUAAUGCAUUGCUGGCCCUCGGGGAGAGCUCAAAGCCUUCUGAGAAGGUUUUGGUAGCUUCUCCUGAGAAAACCUCUCUGCCUGCUGGCAACAUACUUCUGACCCCCGCUGGCCAGAAAUCUUCCUCUGGUAGAAAGCUGUUUUUGGCAUCUCCUGCACAGAAGCCUUUGCCUGCUGGGCAAGUGCUCUUGGCCUCUUUGGGGAAGAAAACGUUGUCAACUGGAAAAGUUUUGUUGGCAUCAAUAGGAAAUAAGAGUCUACCUGCUGGCAAUGUACUAUUGACCUCUGUUGGUAAGAACUCUUCACCAGUCGGUAGAGUGCUGCUGUCUCCUAGAGGGAAACAACCUAUGCCUACAGGGAAAGUUGUAUUGGCAACAUCUGGAAAGUACUCAGCAGAGGCUGGGAAGGUGCUUCUGACUACCACUGUAAAAAAGCAUGCAUCUGCAGAAAGACACGUUCUGGCUGAUGACAUGAAAGUUCUAGCAAAGAAGUCUGAUCAUGUGAAAGUAAGCCAGGGUGGGUUAUACUUGGGCAAUUCACUGCCGCGUGCUAAGAGACCACUAUUCAAUACCCCUAAAGAUAAAUGUAAUACUUUACAGAAACAGUUAACUUCAGUCACUGCUAAAGUGGAGCAUAAUAAUGGCUGCCAAAAAGGGAGUACUCCUUUUUCAAAUGAUAGGCUGGUAAGUAUUAAAGAUCACACAUCCAACUCAAAAGAACAUCCUAAACCACCGUCAAAGAGAUCAUCUAUUCAUACUUCUCCAGAGGAUUCAAAUGCCCUUAAAGGAGCGUUUUCUAGGUCAGCAGAAAAAGAAAAGUCUGUGAGCUCAACAUCAUUAGAAAGACCUUUAAAUUCGAUAAAGAACGCCUUGGCUGCUAUUUUAAAACCCCAAACCAAAAUCCCCAAAGAGGGAACUCCAUCUGCAUUUGGCAAAAAUACCAGCCAUGCACCAGAAGUUGUCUCGUUAGGGAAAUCUUCCCGUUCAGUUGACUGUGUAGAAACACAGUCUUUAGGUCUUCUGCAGGAAGAGGCUGUUUCUGUUGACCAGGACUUUGCUACAGAAUGUCAGCCACAAACCACAUCUAACCUUUGUCCUGCCAUCUGUGUAACACCGGAAAAGAAAUGAAAUGGAGAACUGAAGUAGAGAACAGAUGGAAAGGGACUGUUGUGCCUCAUUGUGUGAGAAGUACAAAGCAUUGUAUGAAUGCAGCUGCCAUGUUUGUGCACAAACCAGUAUCGGCGUAAUUGUACUGUAGACACUCAGUGGGCAGACUGCUACACUUAUUUUGCCUUUGUUUAGUUGUUGGCAUCUUGCUGAUAAGGACCUACGAGUCACGUCACUGAUGAUGGACUGCUUAAGUCUCGCAACUCAUCAGUGGAUCUAUGUUUUCGGUGAAUGACCAGGACAAGUGCUCUCAUUUGGAAGAGGAUGUGGUUUGUACUAAAAGAAAAACGCAAUAAGGCACUUCUGAUUCUAAUAAUGUGUUAGGUCUGCAAAUAAUCUAGGGUUUGAUGGCGGAGAAUAGAGAGGUGCCUUAUUACAGUGAGUUAUGUUUUAAGCUGAGGAUUUCAGGAAACCUUUCAUUGCCAGUGGACCUCACAUUGGGUUGUGUGCGCUUUUUGUGGAUUCCUUUUGUUGUUGCUGGGUCCAUGGUUUAAUCUUCAGUUCUGUCAAGCAUGCCUAAGCUGCUUCCUGCAUAGUUAUAAGGUGUUCUGUUAGAUUACACAUACACAGGGUUUUGUGUUUUCAUGCCAAACUACAACUAGCAUUACUGGGUAAACAGAAGAGCAUUACCACAGUAUUACAUUUGUUAAUGUGAAUCCUUCGAAUACAGCAGUCACAUUACAUCCUAUGGCUAUUGCCCAUUGAACAGACUUACUGCAGUUUUGGCAGAAGCUGUCUAGAGAUGGUUUUAGAAAUGUAUCUAAGAAGAAUUGCAUUGAUAAAGUGUAAUGAGAAAUGGGUAGUUAUGUAGCCAUACUAUAGUCUGACUGUCCCAUGACCAUUUUAACAAAUGAAAUAUUUUGCGGUAUGGGAUUGUUUUAGCCACUGUUUGGGAUCAUGGGGAGUUACUGCAGAUAAAUACUGUCCAUUGUUACUUUGAGAUGAAAUAAGGGCUUAUAUGAGGUAAACAUUCUGAAUUGAUAUUAUGAAGUGUGUAAGUGGUGCUACGUUACAUAAUCUUUCAAGAAUAGUUGCUUAAGAGGACAUAUGACCUAUUAACCCUUUGUGCUUAAAGUUGUCAUAUGCAAAACAGAAAGAGGAGUAUAAGGCAGCAUAUACAGGCAUACUUUGGCAGUGGCCAAUAGCCAGUGCCCCCAGCUCAGCGCACACACCUCUCUCUCUUUCACCCUCCUCCACACAUGAAAUUUACAUCUGCCUUUGCUGGAUCUGAGCAAUGUUGAGCUGGGAAUUAUGGUGCUAUGGGCAGCUGUGCUUAUUGUUUUACUGUAUCUUGUUUUUAAACCUUGUGAAUCUUGGCGCUGGUGUCUAUACCAGUGCCUCAAUGAUGUGAGGAGAUUUUUCACACGGGUUCUGUUUCUUGUUUGUUCCUGUGAAAAUUUUGUAAUUUUACUCUUCAGUGGUUUGGUUCAGAGUUGGAAGGACGCUUUUUUUUUUUUUCCAAUAAACUAGACCAUUGUGAUUUUAAACCAUUUUAAAUGCAUGGGUUUGGAGAAUUGUACUGUGUGUGUAUGGUGUGUCCCCCCUCCUUGCCAUUCAUGUUUGUUUGUGGUGGUCACAAAAUAAUGCUGGAUUUUAUUUCCACCAGUUUCCAUGUCCAGCCAUUGCCCCCAGCAGCGGUAUUAGAUGUAUAAAGCAGUGAUUACUGUUUAUCAUGUAGGAGCAGGCAAGGGUUUGCUUGGCAGCGUGUGGCUAGUAUCUCCAUUUGUGUAGGAGUAGGAGAGCAUGUGUUGCAGAAUAACUGCGCCAACCCAAUGCCAACAGUAGGUCUUUUAGUGAUGCAACGAAAGCUGGUUUAAUGAGAUCAUUGCUUCUGUGAAGUCAGCUUGAAUCUUUGAGAAACACAUCUCAUAGUAACACUUGAUGCAGCCUUCCUUUCUACAGAAUGUCCACGCAACACAAACGAGUCAGUCUUGUACAUUAGAAAGCACACAAAGUGGCAUAGAGUGGCCAUGUUCUUUUUAUUAGCAAGUAAAUACGUAGAGCGCAGCAGGAGAGAUGUAAAGUUGAUGGUUUUACUUGAGUACAAGGCAAUCCUGCAACCAUUAUUCGGAAACAAAGUACCGUACACCCAUGCAGAGCGGACAUUCCACAUAUGCCAUCCAACUUUUCCAUUCUUGUACCCAGUCACUGAUGGACUUUUUGAGGACUACCCAUGAGGAAAAGCCUGCACUCUACGUCCGGAAUAAACCCCUUCAACAUACCCCUUUGUCCAUCACUCCACAUUCACUGGUGCUACCCUACAAAACGGAGUCUCUGCUCCAUCCUACUGACUGUGCUAAAGGACGAUCAGUGCAGCUGUCUGAUACUGGGUACACUACUGUCCAUCAUGUGUUGGGAAGGCGGCAUGUAUAAAACAGGUGUUCCUCACACUUUCCUAUUUUUCUUUUUGUUACUUUGUUUCUCUGUAACUAGGUUCUUGCAUUUCCUGUCACUAGCGGGAGGUGGCUAUGCCCCUUCUGUGAUUAUGUACUGUAAUUCUUUGUAUAUAGAAGAAAACACAAUACUGUAAAGUUAAACUUUACUCUAGUUUCCGCUCUGUACUGUCUUAUUGUGUGGUGUUUGGGUCUCUGCAGGAAUUUAGAUGAACAAUACCACAUAUUUUUAGAUGGUCUGUCUAAAAUAUAGUUUACUUACCCUUCAUCUUGCACCCCGCCACCUAUUUCACUUGUCUUUCAUCGUUUAGAAAGUUAUUUUGUCUGUAUGUUAUGUUUUUACAAAGAUGUGAAAUGUGAAACAA